AUGGCGGUGGGCAGCGCUCUCCUGGGCAACUUAGAAUGCAAGCCUUCUUCCAAGUUGCUUCCUCCAAACCUGCUUCUGCAGAUCCUCAUGGAGAUUGUCCGGAAGGCCAGGAGUCGGAACAUUGGCAUCUUCCAUCCAUCCUUCAACAUGGGCAAGUGCCUACGAGACAAUCUCCACAAAUACCUCCCAGCCAACGCCCACCAACUUGUCUCCGGCAAAAUGUGUGUCUCGCUCACCAGAGUGUCUGAUGGGGAAAACGUGCUGGUGUCCGAUUUUCAGUCCAAAGAUGAAGUCGUGGAUGCCCUGCUGUGUUCCUGCUUCAUUCCUUUCUACUGUGGCUUUAUCCCUCCUUCCUUCAGAGGUGUGCGAUACAUGGAUGGAGGAGCGAGUGACAACAUACCCUUCAUUGAUACUAAAACGACCAUCACCGUGUCCCCUUUUUAUGGGGAACACGACAUCUGCCCUAAAGUCAAGUCCACGAACUUUCUUCACGUGAACAUCACCAAGCAAAGUCUAUGCCUCUGCUCAAAGAACAUCCACCUUCUUGCCAGAGCAUUAUCCCCCCCAGAUGUCAAGGCAUUCCGAGAGAUCUGCUUUCAAGGAUACCUGGACGCGUUCAGGUUUUUGGAAGAAAAUGGCAUAUGCAACAGGCCCCAACCAGGCUUGUGGGAGAUGGAAUCAGAGGGCGCUGCGCCAUGCCUGAACCCAGAGUCUCCCCCAGGGCCAGUUGCCUUGGAGACAAGGCCCGAGGGAUAUGAGCUGCUGGACCACCUGCCUCUCAGCAUCCUGCCCUGGGAUGACGGCAUCCUGGAGACCCUCUCGCCCAAGCUCGCUACAGCACUGAACAAAGCCAUCCAGGACAAAAGUGGAUACAUGAGCAGGAUUUGUAACCUGCUGCCCGUUCGGAUCAUGUCGUAUGUGAUGCUGCCCUGCACCCUGCCCGUUGAGUCUGCCAUUGCUGCCGUCCAGAGACUGGUGAUGUGGCUUCCGGAUAUUCCUGAUGACAUCCAGUGGCUGCAGUGGGUGGCAUCGCAGGUCUGUGCCCGAGUGAUGAUGAGUCUGCUCCCCACUUCCAGAUCCCGAACACCAGUGAGCGACCAGCAGACCUCCCUGUGCGAACCAGAACAGGACUGGCACUCCGCCUUCCCCACUUUCCCCUUGGAAAAGAGUCCCUGAGCCACUGGAGGAGGCGAGUCUGGGAGACUCUUCAGACUGAUCCUUCAGUGCUGAACCUUUCUGAUCUUUGUGCAGCUGCCUCUGCACUGCUGUUUGAUGACCCUUUGCCUGUGAUGUGCUGGAUCCCAACCGCUGGGCUAAAUGCAAUCAUUUAUUUAAACCAAAGGCAAUGGGUUUGGUUUUAUGAGAAGCCAGGAAGUGCUUUUGGUAUAUGUGGAUGCCUAGCACUUAAGGAAAUCUAGGAUUUAAGCAUCUGUUUGCUCAGUUGGUUGGGACAUGGCACCUGGAAGCUCAGCUGUGGGGGGGUCCUUCACUGAUUGUUUCACAGCCCUGUUAGUGGUCAGACUGUCCCAGGGCGAGGUUCCUAGAAUGGAGGCUGUUUGGACAGGCGGGGUCCUUGUGCUAGCAGCUGCGCUGGUCUUGGUGCUGUCUUGCGGGGUGGGAGGAAGAGAGUUGCAUGAUCCCACCUCCCUGUAUAGGAAGUUGUCAGUGAAGUAGGAAGGGAUGUAGUCCUUUCCCAAGGAGAGCACUGCUUGUCGGGUGGCCUUAAAAGAUAACCUUGACAACUAAAAAUGUCUCCCUAGAGGGGAAAUAAAAGAUGAUAAUCUAUUUACAUUUUAGGAUACCUUUUUUACUUAACUAGAAUAAUUUUAAAGAGUUUU